CAGGGCUGUUUAAUGUCACAUGAUUGGUUUUGCUGAUUGCUGAUUGGCUUUUGCUUGGCCCUCAGUGGGUUUUCCCCUGGCGUCAGUGCAAUGUUUGAACAAGAGCGGCUCACCGGGUUUUGGUCCAGUACGGAAGCUGAACUGUAACCUGACCCUGAAUGACCUCCAAAAGAAUAUCACUGGGAAUUCCGUGAGCGUCUCUACCAACGUGCUGAUGCUGACCUCUCAACCCACACGGCUUACACCUGACAACAUCACCACUGCGGCUAAGAUUGUCACUCAACUCCUGAACUCCACCCCUACCGAGGAAGUUGCGGUUGCCGCGGUAGCCACCGUUAGCCAGCUGCUGAGCGCCAACAUCCCUGACGUGGGCACCGUGAGCAGCAGUGCCACAAACAGUCUGACAUCUGAACUGGCGAGCUUCUCCUUGCAGCAUAAGGAAGGCGAAUCCCUGCUGGUGCAGCCCAACCUGGUGGUGCAGUCUGUAGGAGGGCUGGGAGCCUCUCGCGGUGUGGAGUUUUUAGCGCAGACUGGAUUGUCUGACCAGUUUGUGGCCGACAGAAUUCACCUCAACACCAGCACCUCCCAGCUCAGCAACGACAACACGUCUGCUUUAAGUGUGCAGAUCCUCAUCCAGCUUCAUCCAGGUGCAUCUCGGGCGGGUGAAUCGGUAGGUUUUGUGCUCUAUCAGAAUGACCUGCUCUUCCAGUCUGUGAAGUUUAAGGCCCCCCUGGGCACCACCAGGCGGGUCAUCUCUGCCUCCUUGACCAAUGGAGGGAGGCUUGGUCUCGUAGAACUGCGCUUCAGGCCCACAAAUGCGACCGGCGCCGUGCUCCACGACUUCGCCUGCGUGUUCUGGGACUACGCCGUGAGCGACUGGAGCACCGCGGGAUGCAGGAAAAACGGCAGCUCCAACACCAGCCUGGGCUGCGUCUGCGACCACACCACCAACUUCGCCGUGCUGAUGUCCUUCAGGAAUAAUUAUGCCUACACUGAAGCCUUGAACUGGAUCAGCAUUCUGGGAUGCUCACUGUCUGUCGCUGGGGCCAGCGUCACGAUAAUAUUCCAGAUCCUCACCAGGAGGUCACGUAAGGCCAACGUCACGCUGCUCUUGGUGAGCAUCUGUUUCUCCCUGCUGGUCUUCUACCUCCUUUUCCUGCUUGGGAUCAACAACCACCCGCCAAAUUCCCCGCCGGGGGCAAAAGAGGCCAACGUGGCCCUCCCCUCGGACGAGCACGAGGAGCGCGACUCUGGCGUCUGCACCGCCGUCGCGGCGCUGCUCCACUACUUCCUGCUGGCCACCUUCGCCUGGAACACGCUCUACGCCACGCAGAUAUUCCUCCUGGUCCUCCGCCCCCUCGCGCAGAACGACCGCCCUUUCACCAUCGCCGCCCUGGUGGCUGGCUGGGGUUUCCCUGCAGCAGUUGUAGCUGUAACACUGGGAGCCACAUACACACCACAGCACCCACUGAACUAUCGGCAGGAGGAAUUCUGCUGGCUGGCUGCCCUGGACAAAGAGAAGAGGCUGGACUUGAGGAAGCCCAUGCUGUGGGGGUUCCUGCUUCCCGUCGCUCUGAUGCUGCUUUAUAACUGUGUGAUUUACGUGUACUUCACAGUGGAGACCUGCAGGACAAACCCAACGCUGCGAAGCACAAGGAUAAAUUCUCCUGUGAAGAAGGUACUGAGCAGCCUUUCUCUGAGUGUAGUAUUGGGGCUCUCCUGGGUCCUGGGGUAUCUGCUGCUGAUCGACACCGCGAGCAGCAACAACGUCGUCGGCAUCAUCUUCUGCGUUUUAACCACCACCCAGGGCCUGCAGAUCUUCUUCCUCUUCACGGCCAGGACGUCCGCUUUCAAGAAGAAGCUUUCCGAGCUGCUGCAGCUCAUCCCGGUCCCCGAGAUCGCCCUGCACCACCGGAAAUUCGUCCUGUGGAAAGGCUCGCGGGACAAAACCUCCGAGUCAUACACGACAAUGUCGACCAGCCAGUUCUGAGCCGGGGGGCUGAAUUUUACAGCGGUACACGCAGCAGAGCGGCACUGACUACGUCUUCAAAAAAACGGCCAGGCGGUGACUCCUUUUCUCCUUCUCCGGAGCGGCUUCCUCAGCGCUGAGAUCGUCGCUCUGAUGACGAGUGCACAGAUCGCUCCUCGAGAGUCUCCUGUUAACGCCGUGUCCUGGUUACGGGAGCCUUUCUGCCAAAAACAGAAGAAAAAAAAAAAAAA